CGCUGUUGUCCGGACGCGGAGCCCGCGGGGCCGCGCCCGGCCCGGCCAUGUGGACCCCCACGGAGGAGGAGAAAUACGGCGUAGUGAUAUGCAGUUUUCGAGGAUCUGUCCCUCAAGGGUUGGUCUUAGAAAUAGGAGAAACAGUCCAGAUUCUUGAAAAAUGUGAAGGUUGGUACAGAGGAGUUUCAACAAAGAAGCCAAAUGUAAAGGGGAUCUUUCCUGCAAAUUACAUUCACUUGAAAAAGGCAAUUGUCAGCAAUAGGGGGCAGUAUGAAACUGUUGUUCCGCUUGAAGAUUCUAUUGUGACUGAGGUUACAGCAACUCUACAAGAAUGGGCCAGUCUGUGGAAGCAACUCUAUGUGAAACACAAAGUAGAUCUUUUCUACAAACUACGCCAUGUGAUGAAUGAACUUAUUGACCUUCGAAGACAGCUACUCUCUGGUCACCUGACUCAGGAUCAGGUGCGAGAGGUUAAGCGGCACAUCACCGUGCGCCUGGACUGGGGGAACGAGCAUUUGGGCCUGGACCUGGUGCCUCGAAAGGACUUUGAAGUAGUGGAUUCGGACCAGAUUAGUGUCUCAGAUCUCUAUAAAAUGCAUUUAUCUAGCCGGCAGAGUGUACAGCAAAGCACAUCCCAGGUAGAUACGAUGCGCCCACGUCAUGGGGAGACCUGUCGGAUGCCCGUGCCACAUCACUUCUUUCUCAGCCUGAAGAGUUUCACCUACAAUACCAUUGGGGAAGACACUGAUGUCUUUUUUUCCUUGUAUGACAUGAGAGAAGGCAAGCAGAUCAGUGAGCGGUUUCUGGUGAGACUGAACAAGAAUGGUGGGCCAAGGAACCCAGAGAAGAUAGAACGAAUGUGUGCCCUUUUUACAGAUCUGAGCAGCAAAGACAUGAAGAGAGAUUUGUACAUAGUUGCCCAUGUGAUACGAAUAGGACGGAUGCUCCUGAAUGACUCAAAGAAGGGCCCUGCUCACCUGCACUACCGGCGACCAUAUGGCUGUGCAGUCCUAAGCAUCCUGGAUGUCCUGCAGUCGCUCACAGAAUUAAAGGAAGAAAAGGAUUUUGUUCUCAAGGUUUACACGUGCAACAAUGAGAGUGAGUGGUCCCAGAUCCAUGAGAAUAUCAUCCGCAAGUCCAGCGCCAAGUACUCUGCCCCCAGCGCGAGCCACGGCCUCAUCAUUUCUCUCCAGCUUCUUCGUGGAGACAUGGAACAGAUAAGGAGAGAAAACCCCAUGAUAUUUAAUAGGGGAUUGGCGAUUACAAGAAAAUUGGGAUUUCCUGAUGUCAUCAUGCCAGGCGAUAUCCGCAAUGACCUGUACCUAACCUUGGAGAAGGGGGAUUUCGAGAGAGGGGGCAAAAGUGUGCAAAAGAAUAUUGAAGUGACCAUGUAUGUGCUUUACGCUGAUGGAGAAAUCCUGAAGGAUUGCAUCAGCUUGGGCUCAGGAGAGCCCAACAGGAGUUCCUACCACUCGUUCGUCCUCUAUCACAGUAAUAGUCCUCGCUGGGGAGAAAUCAUUAAACUACCCAUCCCCAUCGACCGGUUCCGUGGUUCCCACCUGCGCUUCGAGUUCAGACAUUGUUCCACAAAGGACAAAGGGGAAAAGAAGCUCUUUGGCUUUGCAUUCUCACCCCUGAUGCGGGACGAUGGCACCACUCUCUCAGAUGAUAUCCAUGAACUCUAUGUGUACAAGUGUGAUGAGAAUAGCACAUUUAACAACCAUGCUCUAUAUCUGGGCCUGCCCUGCUGCAAAGAGGACUACAACGGCUGCCCUAAUAUCCCCUCCAGCCUCAUCUUUCAGCGCAGCACCAAAGAGUCUUUCUUCAUCUCAACGCAGCUCUCCUCCACCAAACUCACCCAGAACGUGGACCUCCUUGCUCUGCUGAAAUGGAAGGCCUUCCCAGACAGGAUCAUGGAUAUCCUGGGGCGGCUGCGGCAUGUCAGCGGAGAGGAAAUUGUUAAGUUUCUGCAGGACAUCCUAGAUACACUCUUUGUGAUUUUGGAUGAUAAUACAGAAAAAUACGGCCUGUUGGUGUUUCAGUCUUUGGUAUUCAUCAUCAACCUGCUCAGAGACAUAAAGUAUUUCCACUUCCGGCCUGUAAUGGACACGUACAUCCAGAAGCACUUUGCUGGAGCCCUGGCAUACAAGGAGCUCAUCCGCUGUUUAAAGUGGUACAUGGACUGCUCAGCAGAACUGAUUCGGCAGGACCACAUUCAGGAAGCCAUGCGGGCCUUGGAGUACCUUUUCAAGUUCAUCGUGCAGUCGAGGAUCCUUUACUCAAGAGCCACCUGUGGGAUGGAAGAGGAGCAGUUCCGGUCCAGCAUCCAAGAACUUUUCCACUCCAUCCGGUUUGUUCUCAGUCUGGACAGCAGGAACUCAGAAACACUCCUGUUCACUCAGGCUGCACUCCUCAACUCCUUCCCAACCAUCUUCGACGAGCUGCUGCAGAUGUUCACCGUGCAGGAGGUGGCAGAGUUUGUGAGAGGGACGCUGGGGAGCAUGCCCAGCACUGUCCACAUUGGGCAGUCCAUGGAUGUGGUGAAGCUGCAGUCCAUCGCCAGGACUGUGGACAGCCGCCUGUUUUCUUUCUCAGAAUCCCGCCGCAUCCUGCUUCCUGUGGUUCUCCAUCACAUUCACCUUCACCUGCGGCAGCAGAAGGAGCUGCUCAUCUGCUCAGGGAUUCUUGGCAGCAUCUUCUCCAUCGUCAAGACCAGCUCUCUGGAGGCAGAUGUCAUGGAGGAGGUAGAAAUGAUGGUGGAGAGCCUCCUGGACGUGCUCUUGCAGACUCUGCUCACCAUCAUGAGCAAAUCGCACGCUCAGGAGGCGGGUGAAUAUGUGUCCUGCCUUCUCUCGCUGCUCCGCCAGAUGUGUGACACCCAUUACCAGCACCUCCUGGACAAUUUCCAGAGCAAAGACGAACUCAAGGAAUUCCUGCUGAAGAUUUUCUGUGUGUUCCGGAACCUGAUGAAGAUGAGCGUCUUUCCUCGGGACUGGAUGGUGAUGAGACUUCUCACAAGCAAUAUUAUAGUCACUACCGUCCAGUACCUGUCUUCCGCACUGCACAAGAAUUUCGCAGAGACAGACUUCGACUUUAAGGUGUGGAAUUCUUAUUUUAGCCUGGCAGUUCUGUUCAUAAAUCAGCCAAGCCUCCAGCUAGAAAUCAUCACUUCAGCCAAGAGGAAGAAGAUUCUGGAUAAGUAUGGGGACAUGCGUGUGAUGAUGGCUUAUGAACUGUUCAGCAUGUGGCAGAAUUUGGGUGAACAUAAGAUCCAUUUUAUUCCGGGAAUGAUUGGUCCUUUUCUGGGUGUGACACUGGUCCCACAGCCAGAAGUGCGGAAUAUCAUGAUUCCCAUCUUUCAUGACAUGAUGGACUGGGAGCAGAGAAAAAAUGGCAACUUCAAACAGGUGGAGGCCGAGCUGAUUGACAAGCUGGACAGCAUGGUGUCAGAAGGGAAAGGUGACGAGAGCUACAGGGAGCUCUUCGGCCUUCUAACCCAGCUGUUUGGGCCCUACCCCAGCCUACUGGAGAAGGUUGAACAGGAAACAUGGCGCGAGACUGGCAUUUCCUUUGUGACCUCAGUCACCCGCCUCAUGGAACGCCUUCUUGACUACAGGGAUUGCAUGAAAGGAGAGGAAACGGAGAAUAAGAAGAUUGGCUGCACAGUUAACCUGAUGAACUUUUACAAGUCAGAGAUUAACAAAGAGGAGAUGUACAUUCGCUACAUCCAUAAACUUUGUGACAUGCAUUUGCAGGCUGAGAACUACACAGAGGCGGCGUUCACUCUGCUCCUCUACUGUGAGCUGCUGCGGUGGGAGGAGCGGCCUCUGCGGGAAUUCCUCCACUACCCACCUCAGACGGAGUGGCAGCGGAGAGAGGGUCUGUGCCGCAAGAUCAUCCACUACUUCAACAAAGGCAAGAGCUGGGAGUUUGGAAUCCCACUGUGCAGGGAGCUGGCGUGUCAGUAUGAGAGCCUCUACGAUUAUCAGAGCCUCAGCUGGAUUCGGAAAAUGGAAGCCAGCUACUAUGACAACAUCAUGGAGCAGCAGCGCUUGGAGCCUGAGUUCUUUCGGGUCGGCUUCUAUGGCAGGAAGUUUCCUUUCUUCCUUCGGAACAAGGAAUAUGUGUGCCGUGGCCACGACUACGAGAGGCUGGAGGCGUUCCAGCAGAGGAUGCUCAGCGAGUUCCCACAGGCCGUCGCCAUGCAGCACCCCAACCACCCUGAUGACGCCAUCCUACAGUGCGAUGCCCAGUACCUGCAGAUCUAUGCAGUGACACCCAUUCCAGAUUUUGUGGAUGUCCUGCAGAUGGACAGGGUUCCAGAUCGCGUCAAGAGCUUCUACCGUGUCAAUAAUGUGAGGAAGUUCCGGUACGACAGGCCUUUUCACAAAGGCCCCAAGGACAAGGAGAAUGAAUUCAAGAGCCUGUGGAUCGAGCGCACCACGCUGACCCUGACGCACAGCUUGCCCGGCAUCUCUCGGUGGUUUGAAGUGGAGAGGAGGGAACUGGUGGAGGUGAGCCCCCUGGAGAAUGCCAUCCAAGUUGUGGAGAACAAAAACCAGGAGCUGCGGGCCCUGAUUGGCCAGUACCAGCACAAGCAGGUGCACGGCAACAUCAACUUGCUCAGCAUGUGCCUGAAUGGAGUCAUUGACGCAGCGGUCAACGGAGGCAUCGCGCGCUACCAAGAGGCCUUCUUUGAUAAAGAUUAUAUUACUAAGCACCCAGGAGAUGCUGAGAAGAUCACCCAGCUCAAGGAGCUCAUGCAAGAACAGGUCCAUGUCCUUGGAGUUGGGCUGGCAGUUCAUGAGAAGUUCGUGCACCCAGAAAUGCGCCCUCUCCAUAAGAAGUUGAUCGAUCAGUUCCAGAUGAUGCGGGCCAGUCUCUACCAUGAGUUUCCAGGUUUGGACAAACUAAGUCCUGCAUGUUCAGGCACCAGCACCCCCCGGGGCAACAUCCUGGCAUCCCACAGCCCCAUGAGUCCUGAGAGCAUCAAGAUGCCCCACCGGCACAGCCCCAUGAACUUGAUGGGCACAGGUCGCCAUUCAUCCUCCUCUCUCUCCUCACAUGCAUCCAGUGAAGCGGGAAACAUUGUGAUGCUGGGCGACGGCUCUGUGGGCGAGGCUCCCGAGGAUCUGUACCCCCACAUGCAGCUCGUGUAUCCCAACCCCAGGUACCAGGGCUCAGUCACCAACGUCUCUGUUCUGUCCUCAUCCCAAGCAAGCCCUUCUUCCUCCAGCCUGAGUUCCACUCACUCAGCACCAUCCCAGAUGAUUACCUCUGCCCCUUCCAGUGCCCGAGGCUCUCCCUCUCUGCCAGAUAAGUACCGCCACGCCCGGGAAAUGAUGUUGCUGCUGCCGACGCACCGGGACCGUCCGAGCAGUGCCAUGUAUCCGGCAGCCAUCCUGGAGAAUGGACAGCCGCCAAAUUUCCAGCCAGCCCUGUUCCAGCAAGUGGUUGGAGCCUGUAAACCCUGCAGUGACCCCAAUCUGUCUGUGGCUGAAAAAGCGGUGCCAGCAGCCCCCAGCAGCUGGAGCCUGGAUAGCGGAGCCCGAGAGGCCCAGCCCUUCCUGUCUGCCCACAUGGGGCGCAUCCUGGGCCCCCCAGUGCCUCCCCGAAGCCUGCUGCAUGGUCACUACUCCCUACACUUUGACGCCUUCCACCACCCACUGGGUGACACGCCCCCCGCCCUCCCCGCCCGGACCCUGCGGAAGUCUCCUCUGCACCCUAUCCCCGCCUCCCCCACCAGCCCCCAGUCGGGCCUGGACGGCAGCAACUCUACACUGUCCGGCAGUGCCAGUAGCGGUGUGUCCUCCUUGAGCGAGAGUAACUUUGGGCACUCCUCAGAGGUCCCGCCUCGAACCGACACCAUGGACUCCAUGCCCAGCCAGGCCUGGAAUGCAGACGAAGACCUCGAGCCACCCUACCUCCCUGUUCACUACAGCCUCUCCGAGUCCGCUGUCCUGGACUCCAUCAAGGCCCAGCCAUGCCGAAGCCACUCAGCCCCAGGAUGUGUCAUCCCUCAGGACGCCAUGGACCCACCUGCGCUGCCACCCAAGCCCUACCACCCCCGCCUGCCAGCCCUGGAGCAUGACGAGGGUGUGCUGCUGCGCGAAGAAGCUGACAGGCCUCGAGGCCUACAUCGCAAGGCCUCCCUGCCUCCUGGGAGCACCAAGGAAGAGCAGGCCCGCAUGGCCUGGGAGCACGGUCGAGGGGAACAGUGAGGGGCAGGGAGGCAGCUGGGACACCACCCUCAGAGCAGCUGGCUCAACCAUUCCAGGUCCAAAAAGCAAGUACUCCCCCAGGGAUCCGGAGAGGCCUGGCACUCAGGAGAGAGCCACCCAAGUCUACGUUCUACUGCCGUGAACUUGUGUGUUGCCAUGUACAGAGGCCACAGC